GAUUUACACAAAAGGAAUUCCAGUAGAAAAUUAAAAUUAAAUAAUUACAGGAAACAAAAGGAUGCUAACUCAGUAUUUAAUAAAAAAAAAAAAGAUAAUUUUAAAAAAUGCUGUCAAUAUGAUCUUUUAGCAUAUCAAUACAUUCAGUAUGAAAAAAAUAGUGGACCCCCUCCAGGAGCUAAACGGGAAACGAUUUCUUAUCAUUACAAGAUGUCACAAAACAACUUGUUUGCGAUAACGAAAAAUCUUCCUAUCACUAGUUUCAGAGAAAAAAUAGAAAGGGUCAAUAUCCCCUAUACAGACAAAAAUUUAGAGAGAAAAUAUUUAAAUUUGAAAAAGAUUAAUUUUUCUCUUGAUAAAAAAGCGGAUAUUGAGUCCUGGAUCACGGGUAAUGAUAACAAUACUCAAAGUACUCCAAUUUUCACUUAUAAUUAUCAAUUAAUUGAUAGAAUGGAAGAGAUUGUGAAAAUUGAGCAAAUUUUUAAAAAUGAAAAAGAUCCUUUUGCUCUUUUGAUUCAGACAAAUACCGAAGAAAGGAAUCUAGUAAAUUCUAAAAAUUCUUUAUUGGAUUGGAUGGGACUGAAUGAAGCAAUACUCGACCGUCCAUUAACGGCUGAGGAACUUUCGGUCUUCCCAGAAUUUCUGUGGUUUGUUAAUAUAUAUAAAAUGAAACCAUGGAUUAUACCAAGCCAAUCACUUAUUUCUAAUUUGAAUCUCAAUGAUGAAAUGACGAAUCAAAAGAUCGGUAAAAUUAAGAAUAAAAACAAAGAUAAAAAGGAUAAAAAGAAAACUGAGGGUGAAACCAAAGGUAAAACUGAGAGUAAAAAAAAAAGAUAAAGCCGAGGGUCAAACCAAAGGGGAAACUAAAGGUGAAACCAAAGGUGAAACCAAAGGUGAAACCAAAGGUGAAACCAAAGGGAAAACUGAAGGUGAAACCAAAGGUGAAACUGAAGGGGAAACCCAGGGGGAAACUGAAGGGGAAACUGAAGGUGAAAAGAAAAGUCAAACUGAGAUAGAACUAGAGUUAUUCCUGAAAAAUUAUUUAUUUUUUCAAUUUAGAGAGGAUGAGGAUGUUACUUUUAAUCAAGGCCUUUUCCAAGAUCUCCAGAUCUAUUGUCUCUUGCUUAGAAUGCUAAAUCGAAAAAAAAUGAUGCUAUCAUGGAUUCAAAGGGAAAAGUUAAAUUUGGGUCUAAUGCCACAGAUGAAUCAGGAAGAGAGUAUUCAAGAUUCAAAAAAUUCAAAAAGAAAUGUUCCAGAUUCAAAACAGAGUGUUCCAGAUUCAAAACAGAGUGUUCCAGAUUCAAAAAAUUCAAAAAGAAAUGUUCGAGAUUCAAAACAGAGUGUUGCGGAUUCAAAAGAGAGUGUUCCAGAAUUUUUAAAAAGGACGGGAUUUUUGGUUGACCCCCUUCCGCUGUCUAUCAAACCAAACGGAGAAUUUCUUAUGUAUCAAACCAUAGUUCUUUCAUUGGUUCAUAAGAGUAAAGAAAUUCUUAAUCAAAAAUACGUAAAACAACGAAUAAUUCGCGCUGAAGAGAACAAUAAUUGUGAUCCGCUUCUUAUUGAAAAUAUUUUAUCAUCUAGGCGUCGUAGAGAAUUAAGAACUCUAAUUUGUUUCAAUUCAAACAAAUGGAAUGGCGUGGAUGCAAAUUCUCUAGUUUCCAACAAAAAUCAAGUUUGGGAGGAAAGUAACCCUCGGCAUAAGGAUCCGAAUAAAUUGAUUGAAUUUUUUCUUUGGCCUAAUUAUCGAUUGGAAGAUUUAGCUUGUAUGAAUCGUUAUUGGUUUAAUACUAAUAAUGGGAGUCGUUUCAGUAUGUUAAGGAUCCAU